AUGUCGCAAACCACUGUGGGACAACGCCACCGUGACCACAUCACCCCUAACUCGUCCUUCCGAGUUGAAUCAAAUUCUGCCCUUGAGCGCUAUUUCUUUGGUAUAGAUGGUACAAAGACGCUUUCUGCGACAAAGUUUUUAGAAUUUCAAGUAUGUUUUCUGUUCAUCUUAUAUUGCAUUCAAGUACCAAGUGUUGCGAUUCAGAAAAGCUUGUACAAUGAUAUUUUACGAAUGGAAUUCGAGAGAAGAGACGCCCUGGAUGGUGUUGACGGUCUUAUAUCUGAAGAAAGUUUUGCACAACUGUUGUUGAUGCACGCACAAAUACCAGACAAGAGGCAGAAAAUAAUGCUAAAAAGGGUUAGGAGGAAGUUUAAGGAGCACCAAAAAGGAAUCACCUUUGAGGAGGUAGACGCCGAAAUGAACACAAUCCAGUCUUUGCAGCAAUUAAUGGACACCUUACAGACUCGCGGUUUUUUUCAAUUUCUCUACCACAUCGAGGAUGUUGAUAUGGCUUUGCAUUUCCAUCGUAUGGCCGGUCUGCCCAUUGAUGCACAAUUAUUUAAGAGGUCGUUCAGAGUAGCUUGGAAAGUGGCUGGGGUCGAAUUAAGUGACCACGUAAUUGAUGUAGUUAUCACGCUCUUUGAUGAUAAUAUGAAUAUUAUAAAUUUGCCCUUUGAGGACGGUCAGUUGUCAAAUAACGAAAUGGUAGCCGUUAUGCGGCGACGAAUGCGUCGUGGAUUAGAGCGGCCACGCGACACUGGUCUUUUCCGCUUGCUUGAUGCGAUGUUUAUCUGUGGUAAACGCGCGUAUCAUGCGAGUCCACUACCGUUCUAUUAG